GGGAUAAGGACAGGGACAGGGACAGACAUGGCUGCCACCAGCCAGCCCCACCAGGCCACCUACGAUGCCAUUGUCAUCGGAGCCGGCAUCCAGGGCUCCUUCGCUGCCUACCACCUGGCCCAGCGCCACAGGAACACCCUCCUGCUGGAGCAGUUCAUCCUGCCCCACUCGCGGGGCAGCUCGCACGGGCAGAGCCGCAUCACCCGCAGCGCCUACCCCCGCGUGCCCUACGCCCGCAUGAUGCCCGACUGCUUCCACCUCUGGCAGCGGCUGGAGGCUGAGGCUGGCAUCAGCCUCUACAGGCGAACGGGGCUGGUGGUGCUGGGGCCAGCGGGCAACCCGGAGCUGGAGAGCUGCCGGCGCAGCCUGGGUGCCGACCAGGUCCUCGACACCGUGACGCUGGCCUGGCGCUUUCCUGGCCUGCAGCUCCACGCUGGUGAGGUGGCUUUGUGGGACCACACCGGCGGGGUGCUCUUCGCUGACCGGGCACUGCGGGCAGUGCAGGAGGUCUUUUGCCGGCACGGGGGGACCCUGCGGGAUGGGGAGAAGGUGCUGCACAUUGAACCCGGGGCUGUGCUCACCAUCACCACCACCACUGGGGUGUACCGAGCCCCCCGGCUCAUCAUCGCGGCUGGAGCCUGGACCAGUGACCUUGUGGCACCCCUGGGUCUCCGCCUGCCGCUGCAGCCCCUGCGCAUCGACGUCUGCUACUGGAAGGAGAAGGACCCCGCAAGCCCCAGCGCAGGCCGGGCUGGUCCCUGCUUCAUAACCCUGGGGCUGCCCCAAGCCCCCCGCAGCAUCUACGGGCUGCCAGCACUCGAGUACCCGGGGCUGGUGAAGGUGUGCUACCAUCACGGCAGCCCCGCUGACCCUGAAGAGCGGGACCGGGCUCCCCCGGGUGCCCCCCACCCCUACGUCACCCUCCUGAGCAACUUCAUCAGCAGUUACCUGCCCAGGCUGGAGCCCCAGCCGGCCGUGGUGGAGACCUGCCUCUACACGAACACCCCAGAUGAAGAUUUUAUCCUGGACAGGCACCCCAAGUUCAGCAACAUCAUCAUUGGGGCUGGCUUCUCAGGCCAUGGGUUCAAGCUGGCACCAGUGGUGGGGAAGCUGCUGUGCGAGCUGAGCCUGGGCGAGGAGCCAUCCCACAGCACGGCCCCCUUCGCCAUCACCCGCUUCCCCGGUGUGCUCCGGGCUGCACUGUAGGUGCCAUGCCCACACAGCAUUGCACUGGCCUGCAGCUGUCCCUGCAUCCCUGUGUCCUUGCACACCAGUGUGCCGGCAUCCCCACAUCCCUGCAUCCCCAUGUAUCAUCACGCCCCUCCAUCCUGGUGUCCCAACAUGCUGCACAGCCCAGCUACGCUGCAUCCUCACACUACAGCAUCCCAGCACACAGCACCCUGGCACUCCCCCAUCCCAGCAGCCCUCUGUCUGUGCACCCCAGCACCCUUCCAUCACCACAUCCCAGCACCCUUGCAUUCCCAUACCCCUGCAUCCCAGCAUCCCUCCAUCCCCAUAUCCCAGCUCUUUUGCAUCCCUGUACCACUGCACCCUGCAUCCUGACAAGCCAGCAUCCCCCCACACCAGCAUCAUGGUACUCAGCACCCCUGCAUCCCCAUGUCUUGCUAUCCUGCAUCCCUCCAUCCCCACAUCCCAGCACCCCAGCACACUGCCUCCCCACAUCCCAGCAUCCCUGUAUCCCUGCAUUCCGGCAUCCCUCAUGCCGCGCAGUGCCAAGCAGUCUCUACUGAGCACCCGCUCCCUGGAAACAAAUUAAGGAGCUUUGUCAGCUUCAUGAAGAUGGAGCUGGAACAGCGUGGAGAGACACACUUGCUUAGGAGUCAAGUUAAAUGUUUUAAUGUUAAAUGUGCCAUUUUAUUAUCAUUAGAUCGCUCCCACUUAAUGAAA